AUGAUCCUCCAGCCACACCUGCUUCUCCCUUUCCUGGGAAUAACUGGCGCGUACGCCGCCCAGAUCCCUCUCUCUGCCAAUGCCGGCUGCUUGUCCUCUGGUACCUCCGGAGCAGAGAGCUACAAGGCAUGCUGCUCUGGCCUGUCAUCGUCAUCGAUGGGGGAGGAUUUUGUCGAUGGCGUGAAGUUUAAAUACACCUGCGCAAAAUGGGCGAACCCUAGCGGAGCAUCCGCACUGCCUGCGGCCAGCGCGAGAGAAUGUGCGCAGCUCUGUAUCAAGGACUCUAUCUGUUCGGCUAGUACAUUUUGGAGUAGCCGACGAAAGUGCUUCUUGACGACUGUCAAGGACUUCAGUUUGGGGUCCACUUCUGGGUAUUUGGCCCUUGAAAAGACUAGUGAGACGGUCGAGGUGGUCAGUCCGCCAUCAGUAGACUGUCAGGAGAGGGUCGAUGAGGCUGCCACGCAAUGCAAGAAUGAUGAGCAGCUGAAAUGCGACAAGGAAAAAGCGGAUCUAGAGAAGAGCUCCCUGGAGAAUUGCGGCAAAGAGAAGGCCGAGCUCAAGCAGAAGCUCGAGUCCCAGUGCGAUAAGGGUGCUCAAGAGAAAUGCAACAAAGAGAUGAGCGAACUCGAACAAAAGGUCAAAUCUCGGUGUGAGAAGGACGCCCAAGAGAAAUGCGACAAAGAAAAGGCCCAACUUCAACAACAGAAGACUCCAUCCACGGUCGAGAAGCCAGACGAUCUAUCUCAAGAACUGGCAAAGGUUGGCCGCAACCAGCUAUGUCCCAGCUAUAACGGCAAAACCUUUGAGACGACCAACUCAGACGGUAGUCGAAACAAGUGGCUUAUACAGUGCAACACGAUGCUGAAUCGAGGUGCCUGGCCUGAUCAACUUCACUAUUGCAGACAUCACUCUAUCAUUGAUACUUUGAAAGAAUACCAAGAACAGAAAGGUGUUUAUAAGGGCGUGUGGAUUAAUACCGCUGGAUUCUGCAACCAUGUCCUCAAUCUUGUAUUGCCUCUGGUGAAAGUACCAGGAGCGGAACACCAUUUCAUCGAACGGGUUGAGUAG